UUUUGACGGAUAUCACUCUGCUUGUCUAUACCAUGAAGCAUAAUCUUGCUUGUGUAGCAUUUGCUGCAACCCUCCCACUCGUUCGCGCCGCCGGCUUCAAUAUCGUUCAAAACUGGCAAGGCACAACUUUCUUCGACAACAACUGGAGCUACUACGGCUCCUGGGAUAAUCUGACUUUGGGUGAUGUUAAUUUCGUGACGCAGGCAGUAGCAACCGCUGAACCCGAGCUCACUUAUGUCAACGCGGCUGGGAACGCGAUUGUCCGUGUAGACAAUAUCUCCACUGUCGCUCAGCCGAACAAAAGGAAUACUGUUCGUAUCUCCAGCGUCGAGACGUACGGUCUGGGUAGUCUGUGGGUAAUGGACGCGCUCCAUCUUCCUUACGGGUGCUCCGUGUGGCCAGCUUUUUGGUCUCAGGCGACCAAAUGGCCGGAAGGAGCAGAAAUUGAUACAAUGGAGCAAAUCAACAUGGCCUCCUCAAAUCAGAUGGCAUUACACACCCAGGAUGGGUGCAUGGCGUCUUCCAGCGCUAACAUGACGGGCACCGUCACUGAUCCUGACUGUGGUACGGACUUACCCACCAAAACGCAGGGUUGCACGGUUACCGAGCCAAACACGGCAAGCUAUGGUGCUGCGUUCGCUGCUGGUGGUGGAGGCGUAUAUGCUACUCUGCUGGUGGAAUCCGGGACGUACAUUUGGUUCUUCCCCCGUGGAAGCAUUCCCAGUGACCUUGAUAUCUCUAAUCCCAAUACUUUCCCCAAUCCUGAUAACUGGCCCACCCCGUCCGCUGCCUACCUCUCAUCGACCUGCCCCACAUCUAUGUUCCUUGAGCCCCAGCACAUUAUUAUCGAUAUUACCCUCUGCGGUGCUUGGGCUGGUGUCCCUCAAACGCUUGAUGCCACUUGUCCCGGUGUUCCAGCGAAUGCACCUUCGAGCUACUGCUACACAACCUAUGUGGCGGGCGAUGGGUCUAAUUAUGCGCAGGCUUAUUUUGAGAUCCAAUACGUUCGUGUGUGGAGCAACGCGACAACUUCAUCCGGCAGCACAGGUGGAAAUGGCACUAACUCAACCACGGGCGGAACCGCUGGUAGUGGAACUGGCGGUGGUAACGGUGGAAGCACUGGCAACAACUUGCCAUCUUCUGGCUCUUCAGGCAGUACGGCGACGUCAGCUGCAACGUCAGCCUACGCGCAGAACGCUAUUGUCGCUGUUUUACUGGGAAUGUUUGGGGUUGUCGCACAUUUCGUUUAGGGACGCACCUGUUCUGAAGUUCAGAUAACAUCAUACAUAUUAGAUAGCACUGCAAUCAAGCAAGGAUAAUGUUCG